CAGUGAAUUGAACUUUUCAUUAUCAAAUAAAGCAGUGUGUUUCAACAUGGCCAGGCGCAAAGUGAGUUCAAAGCAAGUUCAGCACCCUGGAUAUUGGGGAUGGGAUUGACGAUGAAGGACUUUAAUAAGCAUGGUUCAACUACUGCGUUGGCCGGGGUGUUGGCUUCCUGCUUAUGGAGAUAUUAAGCCCGCUGGUUCGCCUCCGAGCGUCUUUUCUUACUCUUGGACGUUCACUGUCAUCUUCUCGUAGACUCUUCGUUCGCAGCAUGGCUUCUGAAUCCGUCACGCGCUUUGAUUUUCUGGUGAUUGGCGGAGGAUCCGGAGGGCUGGCCGGCGCGCGGCGGGCGGCUGAACUCGGUGCCACUGCAGCCGUGAUCGAGAGUCACAAACUCGGAGGUACCUGCGUGAAUGUUGGUUGUGUUCCUAAAAAGGUUAUGUGGAACGCAUCCACCCAUGCAGAGUAUCUCCAUGAUCAUGAAGAUUACGGAUUUGAGGGAGCAAAAGCACAUUUCAACUGGCAACUCAUUAAGCGCAAAAGGGAUGCUUACGUUAGUCGGCUGAAUCAGAUUUACCGGAACAACCUUGACAAGGGCAAAAUUGAGUCCAUUCAUGGCUAUGCAAGGUUCACGGACGAUGCUGAACCAACUGUUGAAGUUAACGGAAAGAAAUACACAGCUCCUCAUAUCUUAAUUGCCACUGGCGGCCGCCCGUCCACUGUCAGUGAGGAUGACAUUCCAGGAGCCAGUUUAGGCAUUACCAGUGAUGGAUUCUUUGAACUUGAGUCUUGCCCCAAACGUAGUGUGAUAGUUGGGGCAGGAUAUAUUGCUGUGGAGAUGGCUGGUAUCCUUUCCACUCUGGGGUCCAAAACAUCCAUCGUCAUACGACAAGGAGGGGUACUGAGAAACUUCGAUGCCUUGAUAAGCUCAAAUUGCACCAAAGAAUUGCAAAAUCAUGGUAUUGACUUACGGAAAAAUACUCAGGUGAAGUCAGUGCAGAAGACUGACAAAGGUGUUUCUGUUACACUGGUGACAAAAGAUCCUGACGACAAAGAUGCACAGGAGAAGUACGACACCAUCCAUGAGGUGGACUGUCUGCUCUGGGCUAUUGGGAGGGAACCCAACACCGCUGGCCUCAAUCUCAGUUCAAUAGGUGUGAAACUUGAUGAAAAGGGACAUAUUGUGGUGGAUGAAUUCCAGAACACUACUCGUGCAGGUGUCUAUGCAGUUGGAGAUGUUUGUGGUAGAGCUCUUCUUACACCUGUUGCUAUUGCUGCUGGCAGAAAGCUUGCUCACCGGCUGUUUGAAGGCAAAGCGGACUCCAAAAUCAGUUAUAAUAACAUCCCCACUGUUGUGUUCAGCCACCCACCUAUUGGCACAGUGGGGCUAACUGAAGAUGAAGCAAUCAAAACCUGGGGAAAGGACAAUGUGAAGGUUUAUACCACUUCUUUCACCCCUAUGUAUUAUGCCAUUACCACUCGAAAGAGUCAGUGCAUCAUGAAGUUGGUGUGUGCUGGCCAAAAUGAGAAGGUGGUUGGUCUUCAUAUGCAGGGUUUUGGCUGUGAUGAGAUGCUUCAGGGUUUUGCUGUGGCCGUUAACAUGGGAGCUACUAAAGAAGACUUUGACAGAACCAUUGCCAUCCACCCGACAUCCUCAGAGGAGCUAGUAACACUGCGCUAAUUAAAUGUUCAUAUCCCAGUGUGACUCUUCACAACAGCUUUGUUCCAAUCUAAACAAUAAAAUAAUACAAUGUCUUUGACUAUUAGUAUUUUGUAAAGACAACAAGCAUAUAUUUGGUGUGUUAUAUCUCUGGGGUCAUGUAUUAUUGCCAGUGAUUAAGACAGACACAUUACAAUGGUUCAUCAGACUGUCUCUCUUAUACAUUGCAUUGUUGUACCCCACCACUCCGAUUUUUUUGACAGGUACUAUUGUUUGAUUGGAACAGGGUCAGAUAAAGGCUUGAAGAUUUAUGACAGCUAAAAAUACAGUUAAACCUGUUUAUAGUCAAACACUGUUGCUUUACUUUUACAUUUUGAAAAUUCAGAGAGUUGCUUUCAGUAGUAGUGGGUAGUAAGUAGUGCUUACUCAAUAUAUGUUAAAUACAAUUGUGGAUAUGCACAGUUCAGCACUUGGGCAUAGACCCUGAAUAUAUAUACAAAAUAAAUUUGUGUAUUUGUGUGGUUAAUUGAUCUUUUCUUAAUUUCUGUAUUGACAUUGUCAAUAUACUUUUAAUAAACUUGUCACUUUUCAUAAAAAAACGUAUAUUGACAUAAUUUGUCAAUUCUUCAAUGGCUUAAAUUGUAUUGUAUUUAUAAGAGGCACAAAGAGCUAGUGAAGUUAUAUAAAGCAACUGUUUGGAUUCAUUAAUAUGCAAAUAAAUAUUAUGAUAUUUGACAA